CGAAAUCGCUGGCAAACAACGUCACAACGUUCCUUCCGUGUACUUGAAACUCGAAAUGAUCGGUUCGUUAUAAAACAACAAUCGUGUUUCAUUGUUAACAAGCAUAACACCUGUCUGAAUUGUUUUCUUUCCACAUUUUACUCUCACAUCCGGUGAGAGGAUUCUUCGCGCCACGCGCGCGACUCGCAACGCGAUCUAUUCGUUCCGUUACUUUUUCUAUCGCUCGAUAUACAUGUGUAUAUAGAAUUUAUGGUUUACUCUAACCUUAUUUAUCGUUUAUUUUGUCGGAAACAAUUACAAGGAGACACCGAUCGAGUCAGUUUUUUAUUUUCUCGUCAUUUUACGGUCGCGAUGGGACCAAUAACGAACGAACGAACGAACAAAAGGAUGCGUCUUUCGACGGUCGUCGAGUUGUUGCUGAUUCUGCUUUUGGUUGCGUUCGCUGCUUAUGGAAGAGUUAUCGAACACAAUCGGAUCGUACUACGAUCGAUCAGGGAUGCUUCCGAUUUAAACAAAAAUAACGUUGGAGUAUCAACGUUAUCGCUAAAACAAGCGACCGACAACGUCAACAGAUACUGCACCUGUAACGAGAACAUAUGCAAUUGCUGCAGGGACUUUCACAUACCGCUGGUGCAAUUACAGGGACCAGGAUGCGCGUCCUUGCAAUAUUUACAAGAGGACAAUUUAGCGGUGCAACUGAGCUUCGGAGACAACAUUUUGACUAGCACUAUCGUAAACGGAAAAAAUCCAAAGCCGGUGUGCGUUCCAUUGCCAGGAGGUUUCACGAAAUUUUGCGGGAGAAUUUAUUCGAUUCAACGCGACGCUAAGAACCACUUUAAAGCCUGUCUCGGACUGGAGCUUCAGUCCUCGACCGAACUCGAAGCAAGUUUACGCGUAAGCUGCUUCAGAUUUGGUCCCGACGGUCUCAAGUUGCGACCAGCGGAGCCACUUCCGAUCGUCGAAGCGGAAGCUCCGGAAGACGACGACGACGACGACGACGAUGACGAUUUCUUUGGUCUGGGUUCCGACGAGGAUGACGAAAACGACGACAACCAAGGGGAUUCACCGUUAACCAACUCUGUGCCAAACUCUUCCGGCGAAGACGAGGACGAGGACGAGGACGAUGAUGAGGAUGUACUUGGUUUCGGUGCUCUCCUGGAUAUCAUAACGGGUGACGACGAGUCUUCUACGAAAAAACCAAAAGUCACUACAGCAGCUCCACUUCUUCAAUUUACGAUUCCGAUUCUGACUAAGCCAACGUCCGUGUCACCUUUGGAAUCACACGAGGCGUCCACUGCUGAGUACAAUCAGUCACUGAACGCCGAAGAAGAAGAAGAAGAAGAAGAAGAAGAAGAAGAAGACGACGACGACAGCACCGAGGAAAACGCCCAAGAGUUAUCCGUUGCAAACGUAACAGCCAACGAUGCCGAAGAAAUUGUCACCGAGGUUUCGAAUAAAAUCGCUGCGUACGCGAAACCUGCGAAAACGCCAACUACGAAACUGACAACGUCGGAAACGAACAAAAAGAAGAAGCCUGGCGACGCCGACGCGAGUAACAGCAUCAACAGGAUCGAAAAUGUUACAAAUAAAAAGAAAAAACCUUUAAGGAAACCGAUACAAGAGGGCGAAGACGACGACGACGACGACGACGACGAUGAUGAUAUAUUAGGGACCGACUUGGACGACGACGACGACGACGACGACGACGAGGAUGAAGGGAUUUUGGCAGAUGACGAUGACGAGAACGAUAACGACGACCAAAGCGAAGAAAACUAUGAAAAGGAGCAAGAUGACAAACAACACGAGAAUAACAAGGACGAAGAUGAAAAGACUGAAGAAAUCGAGGAUCUUGUCAACGAUGACGAUGACGACGACGACGACGACGACGACGACGACGAGGAUGCUGUGAUCAGUGCGCUUGUAUACGAUGAGAAAGAAGUUGGUAAAAAGAGCAAAAUAAAUAAGAAUGCUGAAACGAGCGAUGCUGACGAUGACGAUGACGACGGGGAUUACGAGAUCGGUCUUUCCGAAUUUUUGGCGAGGAGUAGGUACUCGAGAAGCGGUCGUCAAAGCAAAGUUAUGAGGCUUAAAGCUACGUAGGUCAAUGUAUGUCCAUUCCCAUGCCAGUCGUAGAAUAAUUGCAUUCCAUGAGAUGAGAUGAAAUGAAACGAGACUUUUCGUAUUCUCUGAACGAUCCGUUGAUUCGACAAAGACUUGGUUGUCGAAUGAUUUUAUCAAACGACGGAUCGUCGUUGGCUAGUUUAAGAAAUAUAGAGAUUGAUGACUUGUUUCGUUUCUCGUCAUCUUCUUUCUUAUUAUACGGUUGCCGAUAAGUAUGGAAUGAACAUUCGAAAAACAAAGAUGAGGAUCGAAAAUGAUGAAAAAUGAAGCGAGCAUUGUUUUGCGACCUCAGGCCAUAUCGAAUUGCUCGAUUAGUGUAACAUUAUUUAAGACGGGAACAUAUUUAUGUGUAUUUAUUUAAUUAAUUUAUUCAAACUAUGAUUAAACGAAUCAAAUAAACGAAUAUUUCCAAAGA